AACAAAUUUAUUCUGAUCUAAAAUUCCUUGUAAGUUCUAAGUUCUAAGCUCUCAUCUUUGUGUUUUUGGAAUUUCUCUAUAAAAAGAAAAUGGCAGACAACUCUGAGAAGAUGAGCUACCACAUUGGAGAAGCCAAGGGCCAAGCCCAGGAGAAGGCAAGCAACCUGAUGGACAAGGCAGGUGAUACAGCCCAAUCAGCAAAAGAGUCGAUGCAAGAGGCAGGACAGCAGAUGAAAGCUAAGGCACAAGGUGCAGCCGAUGCAGUCAAAGAUGCCACUGGCAUGAACAAAUGAUAUUUGUUUUAUUGAUCAGCCCAUUUUUUGAGUUCUGUUAUCAGUGACUUUUUCGUUUUUGUUCUGUUUUUGGCUAAAGCUCCAAAAGGCCUUUGAGCCUCAUUCUUCAUAAUUUGUGUGGAAAAGAUCAAAGUGCUAAUAAUAAUUGAGUGUAGAGCCAAAAUAUUUUGCUUCUUUUCUGUAUCACCUAAAAAGUUUAGUAAAGAAUAUAUCACAUUAUUCUAUUUCA